AUGGAGAAUCCUCCAGAGUCUACAGGCCUGAAUGGGCAAGGAAGAAUGUAUAAAUCUCAGAGCAACAAGCAUAUUAAAAGUCAAGGGAAUUUAAAGACCUUAAAGGCUAAAACUUCUGUGCUUAACAAGCCUGGUACUAUUGGAGCUCUCAGCGUAUUUUCUAAGGGAGGGUUCUCACAAAAUAUCUCAGCAAAUGCUUUAAGGAACUCUCAUUCACAAUGGUCAUUUGGAAAAGCCGACAGAUUUAAGAAGUUGAGGAUUGAUAAUUCCGCGAAAAUGCUUGCAUUGCCAAAUACAUUGAAUGCGAAAACUUCAACUUUUGGGUAUGGAAAAAAACAGCCUUUGCAGAUUAUUUUUGGGAAAGAUUCGCCUCCUCCAUCAUUAUACAGAAGUAGGUCUCAGUUCGAUUAUAAGCCUGGUACUGGAAAAAGUAUUGGAAUAUCAUACUCUGCUUAUCAAAAGGUACAUAUGCCUGGGCUUAAUACGAGGCUGGAUGAGAUCCCUGGACCAGGGUCUUAUGAGUGCAAGACAACACUUGGUGCUAAUUCUCAAAAGUUUUCACUAAAGUCUAGAAUAAAGCCUGCAGAUAGUGCGACUAGAGAUAAUCCUCCUCCAAACAACUACUCUCCAAACUUCCGUCUAACUGAGAGAUCAGGAUUCGAGGAUGUUGCAUUUGGAUUUGGGUCUCGGCCAAACGUCACAGGAAGGAUUAAUGAAAAUCCAGGACCAGGUUCUUAUAGAGUUCCCUCUGUCUUUGAUAAAUUCAAGAAUAUUCCAAAUGCUUCAUUAUUGAAAACUUUGCAAAAAUAUAGAAAGAAGGGAAGAAGGAAGAUCACCAAGCCAAAGUUUUCAGAAAGGAGCUUAGCUAAAAAUUUCAACCAGAAUGAACCUGAAGAAGCUCCACUCUCUUUGAAGAAUGAAGAUGAAAAGUCAAAUUCUUGAAAGGAGGAGGAUGCAGCUAAUUCUGAGAAACUUACUCCUGAGAGUAAGAAUGAGUCUGAAGAAAAUUCUAUCAAAAAGAAUCCUGAAGUGGAAUAG